AUGUCACAAGUUCAAAGAAACAUACCUUCAUUUUCAACGGUUACCUCCAGUUUUAAAUCUUAUAUAUUGUCUUUACCACUUUUAACAACCAUAAUUGCUUGUAUUUCUAUAAUUUUUUAUAUAAUUGAUGCUACUGGCAGUAAUAUAAUAUAUAAUGCCUUAGCUUUGGAACCUGAAAGUUUCUUUGAAGGACAAAUAUGGCGUCUGUUCACUUAUCCAUUACCGCAUUUUUCUCUUGGUCAUAUCCUCUUCAAUUUGCUUGCCUUUUUACCAUUGAGUACAACUAUUGAGCAUACAAUUGGAACUUUAGAAUAUUUAUAUGUUCUAAUAACCAUAUUUACAAUAAUGUCUGGUUCGUUCUAUUUGAUUGGCUCAUUAAUUUUUGAUUAUAAAUCAAUGAUGGUAGGAGGUUUAAGCACUUGGGUAUUUGGAGUUGUAGUAUGGGAAAGUAGAGAAUUAGCUGGAAAAGAGAGAGAUUCCAGCACACUUUUAUCCAAUAGUGUUACUAUUAAUAAUGCCCUUUCUAGACUUGUAAAUUUUCGUGGAUUUAUCAAAGCGGAAGAGGGUAGUAGAGGUGGAUGGUGGUUACCACUUUGGAAUGAGGAUACAUUAGAAGAACCUUUAGAAUCAUCCAAUGAUGAACAAAAUGACGAUAAUAAUUUAGCCUCAUUAAAUGCCGAAGAAAAUAAUCAUUCAGAAUCUCAUAACUUGACAACAAAUUCAAUUUUUGUUGUAUCAUCAAACUCUUCUACUCCAGAAGCAACAUCACCACUAACAACUACCACAAUGACUGAUCCUAUUUUAAACAGCUCGACAACCAAUGUUACGUUAACAUCUGAAAAUAAUACAAAAGACGUUCAACUAGUGGCAGCAGAAUAA